AUGACGCGCGAUACAGAUCCCGAGGAAACAAUACUACUUCAUAGAGAUGACAGGGAGUCGGGACCAAUAACUGCAAACCUCACUUCAAAUCUGCAGACACUUAUGCAUAUAUUAAAAGCAAAUAUUGGUCCUGGGUUUCUUGGAAUGGCGUUCACUGUACAACAUGCUGGACUUCUGCUUGGACCGUUUUCUUUACUUGUGUUAGGAAUCGUGUCUACACACUGUAUGCAGAUAUUGGUGGAUUCCAGUCACAACCUCUGCAAAAGAACCGGUUGUGCUGCUCUCGACUACGGCUGCCUAGCCCAUGAUGCAAUACAACAGUCUUCCAAUACCAAACUGAACUCGUACGGGAAUAUAGGCAGGCACGUGGUGAACACUUUCCUUGUUUUGACACAACUUGGUUUUUGCUGUAUUUACUUUAUAUUUAUAUCCGAUAAUUUCCAACAGGUGAUUAUUAAUUUAAUAUUAAAUGUCCGACAGAACGUAUGUUACACCUUUUUCCAUAUCGUACAUAUUGUCAUCAAUAUUCAGUAUAUAGACAGUUCCACCCUAACUACUCCAGUAAUACAAAUAUUUAUGGCAAUACUUGCUAUAGCAUUUAUACUACUUUCUUAUAUCAGAAACUUGGACACCUUGUCAAUAUUUUCAGCAGUUGCCAACCUUCUCAUAGUUAUUGCAGUAGUCAUUACAUAUGAGUAUCUCAUUUCCGGAAUUUCAGAGGGAAAAACGGACCUGAGUUCUCUACCACUUGCAAAGAGCAUAAGCGCUUACCCGAUAUUUUUUGGUACAGCAGUAUUUGCAUUUGAAGGAAUCGGAGUGGUACUGCCCGUAGAAAAUAAAAUGCAGCACCCACACUAUUUUAAGCAUGUGUUAUACAUUGGUAUGGCUAUAGUAGUGGUGCUUUUCGUCUCCAUGGGUACGCUGGGCUACAUGCGUUUUGGUCACGAUGUUGCCGAUACAAUAACAUUAAAUCUUCCCCAAAAUCAAAGGCUUUACAUAUCUGUGAAGAUUAUGUUCUCGAUGGCCGUAUUUGUCAGCUAUGCAGUACAGUUCUAUGUUCCGAUAGAAAUCACAUGGCCAACUUUACGAGAUAAGUUACCAGAGAGAUUCCAAACAUUUGGCGAAUACGUCUACCGAACAAUAUUAGUUCUUAUUACAUUUGGUUUCGGCGCUCUUAUACCAAAGCUUGGUCUUUUCAUAUCAUUGAUAGGAUCACUUUUAGGAAGCAGUCUAAUUAUGAUUUUUCCACCAAUUAUCGAUGAACUUGUUUUCUACAAUGGUUAUAAAAAGCCUUCGGCAGUGUUGCGACUUACGAAAAAUACUAUUAUUGUUUUACUUGGGUUUUUUGGGUUUAUUUUUGGAACAUUGGUGUCAAUUAUCAAUUUAGUAGACGCAUUUAAGCCAGUGACGAACAUAGGAAACAUGACAACGAUUCAUACUACGGAAAUGACGCCCACUAGUUUUUGA